ACCUGAAAUCCAAACUAUUUACUUUGACAACAACACAUGGUCCUUUUGCAGUUGGAUAAUCAUUGACGGAGUGGUAGCUUAAAAGACUAAAAAGGGACAAACACACACACGUUUGUCUCUUCACGGUUUCAUCAUGAGGCUUGAGGUCGCUCUCCCACUGGGCUUCUUUGGCCUGUGUCUGACUCUGGUGCUUCUUGGAGAAGGAAUGGGAGAGGUAAUUCCUGAUCCACCACCAGUGAAUUGUCAAUGGAGCCCCUGGUUAGAUUGGAGUCAUUGUGAUCCCUGCACAAAAGUCAGAAGGCGUUCUCGAAGUGUGAGGGUGUUUGCCCAGUUUGGUGGCAGCCUCUGCCUGGGAUCAAUAGGGGAAAGAGAGUCCUGUAUACCAGCAGCUGAAUGUAACCAGACUCCAUGGCCUGUGUGCUCAGACUCAGAGUUUGAGUGCGAGACAGGUUAUUGCAUCAAGAAGAGAUUAUCCUGCAAUGGGGACCUUGACUGUGAAGAUGGAUCAGAUGAGGAGUGUGAUCCUGGGCGUAAACCUUGUGGUGAAGAAACCCUGCAGAACAAUGAGCAAGCCAGGACAGCAGGAUAUGGAAUCAAUGUCUUGGGUUUAGAGCCUCGAAUGAACCCCUUCUUCAAUGAUUACUUCAAUGGGCGGUGUGACCGAGUGAGGAAUCCAACGACUAGGCAGUACGACAGGCUUCCCUGGAAUGUUGGUGUCCUCAACUAUCAGACUCAAGUGGAAGAAACCGCUUCCAAAGAAAUCUAUGAGGACACAUACAGCCUUCUGAGGGAAAUACUGACUGAAGAAUCUUUUAAAAUUAGUGGUGGAGUUACUGGUUCAUUCAAAUUCAGCCCAAGUGAGGGCUCCAUGUCCAAUGCCACUUUAAAUGUCAAUUUAGAAGGUGAAUACAAGCAGUCAAAAAUGAUUAAGGAGAUCACAGAGAUCGAAAACGUUACGAACAAGUCUUUUAUGCGGGUGAAGGGCAGACUACAGUUGAGCACCUACAGAAUGCGCUCCCGUGAUCUCCAAGUGGCCGAUGAAUUCCUGGCGCAUGUCAGAUCUUUGCCUUUGCAGUAUGAAAAGGGUAUUUAUUUUGCCUUCCUGGAGGACUAUGGAACUCACUACACCAAAAACGGGAAGUCUGGCGGCGAAUAUGAAUUGGUCUAUGUUCUCAAUCACGACACCAUGGUAGAGAGACGUGUGACAGCGAGAGAAUUUCAAAAAUGCUUCACAUUAGGUGUCAAAGCAGACCUUACUGGUAAGGUUGUCGAAGGAAAGGCAAACGUAGAUAUUGACAGCUGCAAGGAUGUAAAACCAAAUGAAACAAAGAGGACGGACGGAAAAGCAUUGGUGGAUGAGGUGAUAACAGCAGUAAAAGGAGGUGACUUAGAAAGUGCUGGUAAUAUGAGGGCCAAAUUAGAUCAAGACGGGGUGAUGGACAUCGAUACCUAUAGGGCAUGGGCCCGGACAAUCCCUGAUAUCCCUGCGCUGCUUUCCAGUGAGCCAGAACCCAUCUAUAUGCUGAUUCCAUUGGAUAUGCCUGGUGCUGACACCAGGAUAUCCAACUUAAAGCAGGCCACUGAAGACUAUGUGGCAGAGUAUAAUGUGUGCAAGUGCAAGCCUUGUCAUAACGGAGGCACUGUUACUCUUCUGGAUGGAAAGUGUAUCUGCCUGUGUCCUGUCCUGUUUGAAGGCGCGGCCUGCCAGAACCUCAAGCAGGAGAAAUCUAAACACUUAAAAGGAAAAAGACCUUUGACUCAGGAAGGCAACUGGACAUGCUGGUCUGGCUGGUCCGAAUGUAGUGGAGAGAAACGCACCAGGACUCGUAGCUGCAACCAAGACGGGCUCUCUGGAGCUGUGUGCAGAGGAGACACCGUUAUUGAAGAACCAUGCAGAGUAGAAAUGUGACCACUCAGUGAACAUAAUCUCUCAUUUUCUCUCUCUCUCUCUCUCUGUCUCUGACAAUGCAACUUUUUCAAAAAAGAUAAAAGUAAAAGGAUUCAAACACCUGAAUAAAAUUCUCUUAGAAUACUUAAUAAGGAGAACAGAGCCAUCUUGAGGUUGGUAAUGGAUAAUACAGAUCAUAAAGUGAGAAUACAAUAUCCACUGAAAAUAUGUACACAUAUGGAUUUAGUAGAAAAUAGUAUGUGAAAAUUAAA